CAAAAACCAUUUGUACCUCUCGAGAAGCCCAUCAAGGAGGACAGUGGGAAGAGUCCAUUACCGCCGGCAAGUCUCAUCGACACAUACAGCAGUCGGCGUCGAUCCACAGCAACUUGCAGCUUGGAGGAUUCGAAUCCCAAUGCAUCAACUACCAAAAUGUCCGGACACUGGCCAACAAAAGAACCGGAACAUGUUGAUUUUCAUGAUAUCAAUUUGAGGUAG